UUCGCGUCAGGUCGACCGUGUGAUUGCAUCGCAAGAUCAGAGUACGGAAUCGAGUAUAGGAAGAAGAAGUAGCAUGCCACGAAACGGCUAUGAGAAUGGAGUUGUCUCCAAUGGAGGCUAUGAUGAAGUCAAGCCAACUUAUGCCCUGGAACACUUGGCCACGUUUAAGCUGAAAAAUGAGUCCGAGGCCAGACAGCCCAAGGAGAAGAUGAAAUUGUUGAUAGAGCUUGACAAGACUGGUGGAAUUUGGCCACACAAAAUGUACAUGAGCUUCAAUGGCCAAUGGCUGGUCAUGCUCGACGCCGACAUGAAGGAGAUUGAGAAUUUUCCCGGCAGUCUAGUGACAGAGCCAACAGCUUUUAUAAGUGAAGAUGCAAAUGAGACUUAUAACAAUAUUCUUAUAUUCUCCGUUCCUGGCAUUUCCUUGGGCAAUACUGAAAUGCACAUUUUUCAGGUUGCCGAUGUUAGUUCAGUACAUUUGGUUGAAGAUUUGAGGCAACUAAGCACAGGAGUACCUGUCACAACGGAUCGUAACAAGACACCCAUUCAUUUGCCAAAACCCGAUCGAUCCAACAAUCAACAGGCCAAGGAUCAAUAUGGAAUCGCGGCAGCUGCAGCGGGAAUCGCUGCUGAGAAAAAUGCCCAGGAUCGUGAGCAAACUGAUCGCGAUGUUCAGGUGCUCAAUCAUUGUUUCGAGGAUGUCGAACGUUUUAUAGCCCGUCUGCAUUAUGCUGCAGCAGCUCUCAACGAGUUGGAGUCCAGGAAGGAGCAGCAUAAUCCGCAUGGCGAAGGACUACUAGUGCUUCGUUCGCGUCCUCCAAUCGAGAGCGAAUUCCACGACAUAUUUGCCAAAAUCAAACUAGCCCUAAACUACUCGGUGAAGCUGCAAAAUCAUUUCACUAAGAGCUCCGAUCCUGUGCACAAUAUCUUUGUGUCGUUGCAGAGCAUUGUCAAUGUCUGCAAUGAUGUCUACGAAGGCGCCCAGUUGCCGGAAAGUGUAGUCAAUCCCUUGCUGCGCCGAGAGACUGUUGCGUUCCUUAAUGGCACCCUCGACUCGAAUGAGAAACAAUUGUGGCAAAGCUUGGGCCCCAACUGGACCGUACCCAAGGAUCAAUUCAAAGACCACAAGGGCUCGUAUCAUCCCAUUUUCUAUGAUGAUUGGUCUCCAGACUGGAUUGUCGAUGAGGAGGUACAGUAUCUGGCUCCAGCAUUGAAGAAAUCGCCAACUCCCAUUACCACUCCGGUGCCCCCAAGCCCAGGUGGCAAUCGCACCUGGCUUGCUCGUUUACAGAGUCGCAAUGUAAAGAUUGCCGAGGUGAUUUUCAACAAAUCUGGAUCCAAUGAGAAGGAACUUAAUGUAACAAAAGGCGAAUACUUGGAGGUCAUUGACGAUUCCCGAAACUGGUGGAAGGCUCGGAAUUCGUAUGGCAACAUCGGUUAUGUACCAAAUACUGUACUAACACCUUACAACUUUGAGAUCGGGGCCCGCGACACUGACUCAUUGGCCUCAGUGUCGUUCAAGGAUAAUGCCGAGUCGCCGGAAGCAAAUCCUGCUGCCUAUCGCAACACAAUGGCUCUAUAUGCUCCCGCGGAUCGUGAAUCCCAGCAACCGAUAUCGGCUGUCAAAAACGUACCCAGAUCCUAUUCCAUGCCCGCUGGCGUACCCAUACCCCCUCCAAUGCCACCACCAGGCGACAGUCAGCCGCCCACUCCAAGUGGCACACUUAAACGUAAUAUGGCUGCUAAUGGUGCCCUGGCAGCUAUGCGAGCCCGCAACGACUGCGAUGCCGACGAUGAAGCCUACUAUCUGCAGGACCAUGUCAAUGAUGAGCUACGCGGCAUGCUGCAACAGCGUCAACAACGCAAGGACCUCGAAAUUUUGAAGACACCCGAAAUAUUCAUCACCCAGAAUUCCAAGCCCCGUGAGGUGGAAGAAUGGCUGCGAGGCAAGGGGUUCUCGGAUAACAUCAUCAAGCGCCUCCACACGCUAAGUGGCGAGGAAAUCUUUGCCCUUAGUCCCCAUACAAUUGAAAGCUAUUUCGGUCAACGCGAGAGUCGUCGUCUCAUUUCACAAAUUGUGCUGCAAAAGAACUUUUGCGAGUACAAGACAAUUCGCUCGUCGGAGCUGUCGGCCAAAUUGGCUAGAGCUCGACUAAAGGCUGACCAGGCAAACGGUGAUCCCAAUGAGGUUUUCUAAUCUUUUGACUGUCUAUCUGUCGAAAGUGGUCUUUUUCGUUUCCGUGUAAGUUCUGGUUGUAAUUAUGCCAUAAGCUGUUCCCGUUGCUCUGACACCCAUUCAUGUCUUUGCAUAGACAAUCGUUGAAUCGUGUUUGCCCCCCUCCAUUUAUUUAUUUAUACUUACUUUGAAAGCCAUAUGUUAUUUCUUUUUGUGCAAUGUACAUACAAACAAAAUAAAAUCAAAACAAAAAAAACCCAUAAA